AUGCAUGCUAAGCAAUCAACUUUUUCUGAAAAUGACAUUCCUAACCUACAAGGCUAUGUUAUCAUAGUCACCGGCGGUAACUCUGGAAUUGGGUACGAAACCACUCUUCAACUAGCGCUACGUGGUGCGCGUGUCUACAUUGCCAAUCGCUCUCGCGAGCGUGCUGAUGAAGCCAUCGCGCAAAUGAGGCAAUCCACGAACUCUUCAACAAUUGAUGUACAUCAUCUCAAGAUGGACUUGCUCGACUUAAAGUCGGUGCAAACAGCGGCACAGGAGUUUAUUAAGCUGGAAGAUCGUUUAGACGUGCUCAUCAAUAAUGCCGGAAUCAUGGCAGCACCAUACAAACUUACAAUUGAUGGAUAUGAAACCCAGUGGCAAACAAACUACUUAUCACCUCACGCCUUUACUGUCAGCCUUCUUCCACUUCUUCUUUCCACUGCAGCAAGGUGUGGCAGCAAAAGUCGAGUCCGUGUUGUCAACGUGAGCAGUGACUUGGCAUUCAUUGGACCUGAUAGCAUUCAAUGGGACGAUGUCAAUAUGACGGGAACCAAAGGAAUGUUAGAACUUUUGAAACGCUAUGGUCACUCCAAGCAAGCUAUUAUUCGUGAUGCAAGUUUUGUCAAUAGUUGCUACAGCGCACAAGGUGUCACUGCGUAUUCGCUCCACCCAGGUAUUGUGCGCUCGAACCUACAACAUCACGAUCCGUCCAUGUUUGGAACUGUAAUGCGAGUGGCCAUGAAAAUAGGACCUAGUGACACUCCUUUACGUGGAGCCCUCACUUCUCUGUAUUGCGCUACAAGUCCAGAGGCAGCAACUUUAGGAGCUGGCAAAUUCUUUGGUCCUGUGGCAAAACAGAAUCCGCGUGCAGAUGCGUGGUUGAGGGACAGCGAAGGAAAUAAACGUUUGUGGGAGCUUGGGGAAUCGGAAAUGAAGUCUACUGGUCUCGCAGUAUGA